ACAAUCUUCAAGACAUCUAUUACCCCCAUCUAAUUUGUAAAUAACACAUCAUGUCAUCUAGAUCGGUUUGGCACGGGUUUAAGAGACGUUUCCAACACGACUUGGAGCGCGUUCCGCUCCGUAACCGUCAAGCUAUGGAAAAGAAGAUGGAACGUUUUGCCCUUCCUCACCAACAAAUGGGAGCCAUCACCGUUCCAGUAAAGGAUAGAAAAUAUUCAAGGGAAGAAGUAGGUAUCACUAGAGGUGAUCUUGUGUACGUUUCCGAAGGUCCUCACAAGGGUAAGAUCACCCAAGUCAUUAGAUAUAUUCCUGAUUAUGACUCGUUUAUGCUUAUGGAUGUUACCUCUAAAAAGGCUAUUCCAAAGUUUCAAUGGGCUGAAAACCAAACAACUCAUCUUGCCGACUUCCCAGAGUUUGUCAAGAGUAACCAAGUCAAGCUUGCCGCUAAGGAUAAGAAUGAAAAGGGUGAGAUUUACUAUCUUGUUGCCGAUGAGAUUGAAAUGAAGAACAAGGUGUACAAUGAUCAAUACAAGAAAUGGUUACCACAAAGAUUUGUCAAGAACUAUCCUAACCUUGAAAUCCCAUGGCCAUCUCCAGAAAAGGCCCCCGAAGACGACCCACUUUCCACCCUGGAACAGGCUGCAUUCACAAGAACCUAUGAAUUGCAAACCUUGGCUCGUUCCCCAAUCCCAGCGGAAGCCUUGUCACAAUUGAGAAACCCAUACUCCAAGUACAAGAAGAGAGUUCUCUCGGAAUUCCAAGCCAGAAAGAUGAAGGCCCCAGAUAUGCCAUUGUCUGACGCCCAACGUGCUUACUUGGCUGCCAAGGCUAAACAACCAAAGAAGGUUUACGAAAGCUUGUCUGAAGAAAUCCAAGACUUUAUUGGAUCCAAGAUGGCUGACCACAUCAACAAGAUUGAAAACCCACACUUACUUGCCCACUUGGAAGACUUAUCCAGUGUCAAGAUCCCAGACUUUGAAGUCACACAGGAGAAGAUUAGAGAAGGCGAAGCUUCUAAAUAGAGAGAUGCAAAAUAGUCAUGUAUAUACAAUAAAUGAGAAACAAUUAAACG